AUGACGAUGCCCUGCUUUGCGAUUAUUGGACUGCUAUUGAUGGGGACCGAAGGCUAUCUCACCCCCGAUUUUCGAGAAUUCUUGGUCCAAAAUUAUGAUGAAGCAACGGCAAGAGCGUUGGAACGUUGGGAUCUGUAUGGAAUUGGGAGUUUUGGAGGGAGAACGGAGAAGGAUCAGGAGGUCAAAAAUAAGGUGAGGAUUAUGCAAAGGGCUGAGCGAAAUUAAAUCAAAUUAUCAUCGGGCCACUAUGAAAAAAUGGUCAUAGAAAUUUAUUUGAUAACAUAUUUGUAGAGUUGCCUAUUCUGACAGGAUUUUUAAAGAUCCAUUUCCGGUUCAAAAAAGCCCGACGGCUUUAAGGAAAGAGAAAAAUUUGGACUAAACUGCGAUAUAUGAAAAGUAUGUCGGGAAAAUAAUGUGGAUAUGCCGCAGUGAAAUUUCUCGCCUCACCGCAGUCGCCCACCACAUCUCCAGCCGCGGUAAGCCGUUGUAAAGCGAUUAUGGUCAAUUCCAAGGCAACCCACAUUAUUUUCCCGACAGGCUGAUGUCAUCGGACUAUUGUAAAAAGAUCAUAAAGAUAGUUGAUACAAAAUAUGCAGACUUGCCUUCUACGGACCGGAUUUUUAAAGGUCAAAUCGUUGAAAGAUCUUUAGUUUGGAAAACCUUGUCGGUUGAAAAAAAAUCACGCAAGAUUUUCGGAAUAAACGAAAUUCUUUAGCAAUUAUCCGUGUCGGGAAAAUAAUGUGAAUUCGUGGCGUGUUAAAACCGCCUAUCUUCGCUUUGAGACGGCAAACCGCGGCUGGGAACUUAAAAUUCUCAUCGAGGCGAGACUUUUGCUGCGAUAAAUCCACAUUACUUUACCGACAGAGGUAUAAGUUUGAAAAUUAAUUUUAGGAUUGUUUCACGCAAUUUUCAAACAACCACAAUUCUACAGAACGCACAAGUUUCUAGCCUAAAAUCCCUUAAUCCAAAGAUUCCAAGAACUCCUUUAUUUUUUUUUUGGCCAAAGAACGUAAAUUUUGAUGCACGGCCUCUUCCAGUCUCCCCGUCCGGAACAUCAUGUUCUCAUACAUAUAAUCUAAUCCACCCUUAAUUCUUCUUCCUCUUCCCUUUCAAAUUCGUCUAAUAUCAUGCUUUCUGACACGUUACGAAGAACAUACGCAACAAAAUAGGAAUCUGAUUAGUCUAGUGAACUUACCCCUCUUUUUCAGCCAAUUAUCUUCGUGCAUGGGUCUACUUUGUCGGCCGGAUUCUUCGAUUCGCAUCGUCGUUUUUUCCUGGCACGAGACUACAAUUCCGCUGAGCUCUACGCUACAACUUAUGGAUAUGCGGGGUUGAAGAAGAACUUGUUCACAAAGAUCAUGGAUUGCGAGAAUGUUCAGAAUGUAAGGGUUAUAAGGGGAUUAAAAAGAUACUGAAAAAUGUCGAGAUAUCAUAUAGAGCAUGACUUCUUCUAUGGCAGUAGUUUACAGUAAACAUGGCCCUGGGGUCCGGCCAAAAAUCGAGAGCCGGCCUCAAACAGUUCGGCAUGACAGAGCCUGAAUUUCCAAUUGUAUCUUGCUGACACGCUAUAUUUCUCCCUUUUCAGGUCCGAAAACUCAUCCAAGCCGUUCACGAAUACACCAAUUCCACGGUAGAUGUCCUCGCGUUCUCUAUGGGAACAGCAAUUUCGCGCAAAGCGAUACUGGGCGGGGAAUGUGUCGAUACGAAAGAGAAUCUUGGAGAACCCAUCACUGACAUUGUCGAUACAUUUAUCGCGAUUGGAGGAGUAGCUUAUGGGAUGGAACAUUGUCAUCACAAAAAUUGGGAGAGCUGCAACGUAGUGAAUGGAAUGAAAUGCACUUCGCUCUAUUUGGUAAGCUAAACAUGACGGUCUGAAUUCAAAUUUGCACACUUUUGGCUACAUUCUUGGCUACAAAUUUGAAGCAAAAAAAUUAAUUUUAAAAAAUUUAUUUUGGUCCAAAAUAUAAUUCAUAAAUCUUUCAGAGGGACGUCAACAAGCCCACCGAGCGAUAUGAAGGUCGAUUUUCCUAUGGAAUCUACAGCAAGGAUGACCCUGUGAUUGGCAAAGAAUGUUGUGGACAUGACUGUGCCGCCCUGAAGAAUGCAAAUCAAAACUUUCUGAAGAACGGUCUAGAACAUGGUGGGAUCAUCCUGCAGACCAAGGAGCUACAGUACAAUCUGUUCAAAAAACAUGCCGCAGAACGAAGGCGAAGGGGAAAUUAG